UCAACAACGAAUUUCAGAUUGACAGACAUUGAAAAAUGUCAAUGGUAAUUUUAUUGCAAUUUAUUAGAAAAAAUAUUUGAACGAUUUACAAUGAUUUAUACAAAACAAGAAUAUUACACGCCGGCGGAGGUCGCGAUACACAACAAGUCUGGGGACUGCUGGGUGUCUCUCAAUGGUAAGGUGCUGAACAUGACGUCAUGGCUGGAAAAACAGUUCCGAUACUGCAAGUGUCCCAAAGACUGCUCCUGUCCUAACAAGAAUUGGUAUUGCGCUGAUGACUGUAUUGAGUAUUGUAGAUGCUUCAAAAUGGGCUACGAGUACUGCGAUGCGAAAAGACUCGCUAUGACAAUCCUUGCGUACGCCGGCAAAGACGUCAGCCACUGGUUCAAAGAGGAAGACUGGAUAACAUAUAUGCAUCCGAUAGUCGGCUCCAGGAUACCGUUCAUGCGCCACGGCUCGAGUUUUGACCAGCCUGUGGUGCCUUCCACUCGCUGGAGGCCUAUCGCCAAACCUUGGUGGCUAGACGAGACUAUUGUGGUAGGAAAAUUGACAGCGAGGACCAGACCUAUUAGAAUCACGAAUACACUUACAAGUUCAUCUGUUAUGUUGGAGGUGUGCUCUGAGGAGACUAUCUACCAGAUAAUGAUGCGGUACUUGCCGCACAAUGCACAUAUGCAUUCGUACACAUGGCGUCAUCUCGGCAAACCCCUCAAGUACCAUCGCACGCUCGAGCAGAACAAGGUGUAUGACGAGAGAGAUCGCUUCAGCGAUGUAGCGUUGCCGGAGAAUAUCUACGUACCAGACAUACUGCUGUACUAUAACGAUGAUCUAACGGAAGAUCUCCCUCGUGAUGGCUGUGUUUGUUUCAACAGGGAGUGUGCAUCGAAGCCAGAGAUAUGUAAAAAUGAACCAUAAAAAAAUACAAAUUCUAAUAGAAAACUAUCAGAAAUUCUAUACCAUUAUCUUAUUAAUUCGAACGUAAUAAAUCGUCGACUAAUAUAGAAGUGUUUU